UUUCCAACAAGAGCCAAACAAACCGAUUCCGACCGAUGAGCUUGUCUGUCGUUUUGCAAGGUGUAUGCGCGUCUUGUAAUAUUUAAUCGGAUGUUUGUGUAUGAAAACAAGUGAAAAUACAUGUUUUCUUGAAUGAAAGUGUGUCCUAACGGCCUAAAUAUAUUAUGAUUUAAUGAACCAAUUAUAGUUUAUGUGAAUUUCAGUGAUAAAACGCUCAUUUUAUCCGUGUCGAAAUUACGGAGAGAGCAUUCAUGUUUAUAAAUAUUGAUUUGUUACAUAUCUUGUUUUCUAACUUAAUUUUCGCGUCUAAAAUCGUGAAGUGAGAUGUAGGGGAUGUAAUAACGUGUAAAAUAUUCAUUGGUAAACGAAAAUGCAACAGUUAGUCCAAACUUACAUGGACGCGAUCGAUGGUGUAAUUUCGUGUUUCGUUUGAUUGUGUUUUUGUGUUAAAGUGAGUGUUUUUAUGACAAUGGAGGGGACUACUGAGAAGGAUUGUUCACCGUUAUGGAAUCUGUACCAGCAGAUCGUGUCGGACAUGAAGAACAGCGCGCCAAUGUGGGAGGAGUUUAUAUCAAAGGCGACGAAACUUCACUCCGCAUUGAAGUCUGCUCUGGUCGCCAUAGCAGCGUUUCUGGAUGCAUUCCAGAAGAUUGCAGACGCGGCCACCAAUGCAAGGGGUGCGACAAAGGAGAUUGGUACGGCGUUGACCCGCGUCUGCUUACGUCACAGAGCCAUUGAGACCAGGAUGAAGACGUUUAUAAGCGCUCUAAUGGAUACCCUAAUAACUCCGCUGUCGGAACGCGCUGACGAGUGGCGUCGUGGAGCCUGCACUACUGGCGCAUUGGGCCGAGAGCAUGCGAGGGAAUGCAAGCGUGCCCGAGCUGAACUUCGACGCCGCGUCACUGAGGCACAAAGGCACGCGAGGAAGGCUAGACGAGCACCACCUGAUGCGAAGAGACGCGCUGAUGUUUGCAUGCAGGACAUACAAGAACGCAAGCAACAGCUGGAGGAGAUGGAAGAGAAGGCGGUGAAGGCCGCGCUCAUCGAGGAACGAAGCCGCUUCUGCCACUUCGUGUCGCUCCUGAACCCCGUUGUGGAAUCUGAAGUGGCAAUGUUAGCGGAGGUCGGACAUUUACAAGAAGGCAGCGAGCAGCUCAUCAGACACACAGCUGAACCCAGGACACUGCCGGCUGCCAGUUUACAGGUGAUAUGCGACAUAAAGUCGUGCUACAGCGGCUGGGCCGAGUCAGGGUCGGCGCCCCAUUCACCGUCCGCCUCGUCUCGUCUCGGAAGCCGCAAGUCGUCACUCACCUCGAUAUCUUCAUUGAACAGUCAGUGUUCUGAACAGCAUGGCGUAUCCGGUUCAACAGUAAGUUGCUCUACCCCGAUAUCGAACGCGUCCUCAGCGGGCACAAUUCCUGCUCCUUCCAGCGACUCUCAACACUGUCUAACACAGUCCGCGUUCCGGUUGUCGAGUGUCUGCAGCGCGGACUCCGGAUUUCGAUCGCAGGACGCACUACAGCGUCGCUCGCUCUACGUUGACAAUGGUUCGGACAAUCAGAGCGUCAGCAGCGAGUGUAUGACUCAGGCCAAGAGCCACACCGAGGACGACCACACGGACGAUGGACAUGACGUCAUGAGCAAUGCAGCAUCAGCGACUUGGCCAGAUCUGAAAGAUACAGCACAGUUCGAGAGAGCAGCCUCAGCCAUCAUGGGCGGUAGACCACAUACUAUUUCUGCAGCGUACGAGCGCGGCCACCCCCGCGCGGCGCUGAGCGUGCACACGUUCGCAGACGACACACGGGACUCGCACAUCUACGCACGACCGCCGCUGCCUACUCGAUGUUCCUCCCUGGAGCGUCCAGCAGUCCCGAACAAGUCCGGCAACGCCAACACGUGCCAGCAGGAGUUCAAGCCGAGCAAACCUUCCUCACUACCCCCGCAUCUCACUAAAGAGAUGCCGCAGGCGCUGUACGUGAACAUGUCGGAGCUGGCGACGCUGGCCGCGUCGCGCGCGCAACUACACAACGCCGAGCAUCCGCCGCAAGAGAAGGUUUGCUCAGAGAGUAGUGCGAGCGAAUCUUCCCUUGAAUCCUCGAGCGGUUAUGGAAGCCAGGGCGCCUUCGCGGCCGAAGACCAUGCCAUACAGCACCAAGUCCAACAUGCUGACGUCGACUCGGAGAUCGUAACUCUACGGAGAGAGAGUGAGUCAUCAGUGGCAGCGGCAAGAGAGAGUUUCUCAAUCUCCCUCGGAAGUUUAGAAGAAGCUGUGCGGUCUUUGGACGAAGCGAGUGAGACUCCAGCCUUUGCCACUAUUGGGAAGAAACCAGCUGUGCCUAAAAGACGGCCUGUGUCCAUGUCUGCUACAGUAUGGUCCCGCCGCGGGUCGUCCAGCUCGCUGGGCAAGCCGCCGCCGCCGGUGCGACGCUCCUCGUCCAUAUCCAGGCCGCAACGACCGCCUUAUGUGCAGAACACCCAAAGCCCCCAGCUAUCUACAAAUGAGGCCGACAACCUGCCGCCUCCGCCCGCGUUCCUGCUUCAACCCGACGGCGACACCGGUGAAUAUGACUCUCACUCCAACGUAGCAGAGACAGUGAAACAACUAACAGAACUAAAGCACAUGCCAGCAUCGCCCGGCCUCGUUCGCCGCAACCUACAACAACUACACACAAACCAGAACCAACCCCAAUCCCCCACCACCCCCUCUCUAUCAACCUUUCAACAGGCUAAAAGCAAUUUCUCUUCAUCCACGAGCCUCAAUAGUACGGGCAAUUUGAACCCCAUAUAUGGCCAAACCGGCCAUAAGAUUAUGGCGUAUGUGGAGAAUUCUAUGUAUGUACGGAAGAAUAGUUUGAAUAGUUCGAAUUCGGAUUUGAUUAAUGCUGGUAUAUACGCGGAAAGUCGCGGCUCUCCCCACGGGUCGUCGCCCUCUACGCCGAGCUACGGAGAAAACAACUCGUUCUCCAGUUUCGGACCAAGAAUGUCCAAUGAGACUAGUCAUUAUGGACAGACUGGUUUCAAAUCCCAACAAGACAAGAAGUACGGGCAGAGCACGAUAUACGCGCAGCCGUCGGAGAUCAUCGCCGGGUUCAACAGUAUGUCGCGCCACGACACGCGACACGACGCGCGACACGACACGCUCAGCCCGCUCGCGCUACGGAAGAACAUCGCCGCGCGGUCGCAUAGCGCGGAUAGACAUCAUUUAGAACAAGGCGGCCUGAUCGCCCACCUGAGCGCGAAGCUGGCCCCGCAGUUGUCCCCGCGCACGCAGCGCCGCGCCGUCUCCUCCAUCUCGCCCGCCGACACGCCCGCCAAGGGGAAAGGUACGAUCCCGGUGCAGCCGGCGUUCCUGGACAAGUUGUCUGCCACGAUCCAGCAACAGCGGCGCCAGCUGGACAACUCGCGCGCCAAGACCGUACGGGACAUGAUCAAUGCACACGCUCAGCCGGAUCCUCGUAUCUGCCACACGUCGCUAAUGGAACAAAUAAAACGCGGCGCAACGUUACGUCGCAACAAACACUGCAACGACAGAUCUGCGCCUAAAAUACGUUAGAAUGAUUGAAUAAUGCUGCAAGCCGAACAGCAAGAUAUCACCGGAUAAGAAAAGAAAAAGAAA